AUGUCUUUCACCAAGACUUAUUUUCUCUGCCCAACAUCCGAGCUCAUACACCCGCCUCCAGCGGGUCCGCUAUGUCUCGGCUCUAUAAUUCGCUCGACAUCAACACCGCAGUUCCCCCUCAAUGGAACGAAUAUCGUCCCCGUGGCCAGCGCAAACCUCCCUGUCGUGGAGGCCAAUUGGAAGAAGACCAUUUCGACCGAGACGGGACUCGGUUUGGGUGUUUACGCGCAGUUUCUACAGAUAGCGACAGGACCCAAAGUGGAUGCUGAAUGCUCUAGCCGAACGGCAAACACAUUCGCAUUUGACACGGUGACGACCGUGUCGUUUGAGCCGACACCGGAGUAUGUUGUUGAAGCCGUCAAAGCCCCCGCUGUGCAGGCGUACUUGCGGGAGCCAAAGCAGCGAUUCACCCCUGUCGUCUCGCUCUUCCUCGUCACGGGCAUGAAACUCGUCAAGGGCGCGAAAAUCAAGUACUCGGCUUCGAAAGGGCCACUGGACCAGAAGGAAUGA